UUCAUGGAGUGAGCAAGACCUGUCAGCAGAGCUCACUGGAGCAGGGAGACAUCCCGUCAUCCUUUUGGCGCCUGACAAAAUCAUCACACCAGCCGAAGUUGCUGUGCAGAGGGAGGAGAUCGUCCGAGCAUCAGGCCUCAUCCCGUCACAGAGGAAGGGUAUCCUACAAACAGCCAGUGUCCCUUCACAGAGGGAGGGGAUUCUCUCAGCCGCCAGCAUCAAUGCACAGAGGGAGGAGAUCCUACGAUCAUCAGGCCUCAUCCCUGCACGGAGGGAGGGGAUCCUCCAAACAGCCAGUGUCACUGCGCAGAGGGAGGAAAUCGUCCCAAUGGCCAGCGUCCCUGUGCACAGGGAGGGGAUUGUCCCAAGGGCUAGUGUCCCUGCUGAGAGGGAGGAGAUCCUCCGAGCAUCAGGCCUCAUCCCUGCACAGAGGAAGGGGAUCCUCCAAACAGCCAGUGUCCCUGCACCGAGGGAGGGAAUUCUCCGAGCAGCUAGCAUCACUGCGCAGAGGGAGGAGAUCCUCAGAGCAUCAGGCCUCAUCCCUGCACAUAGAGAGGGGAUCCUCCGAGCAUCAGGCCUCAUCCCUUCAAAGAGGGAGGGGAUUCUUCCAGCAGCUUCUAUCACUGCGCAGAAGAAUAAGAUCCUCAGAGCAUCACAACUCACCCCUGCACAAAGGAAGUUGAUCCUCCUGAUGACCAGUGUCACUGCGCAGAGAAAGGGAAUCUUCCCAAAGGCCAGCGUCCCUGCGCACAGGGAGUGGAUCGUCCCAAAGGCUGGUGUCCCUGCAGAGAGGGAGGAGAUUCUCCUCACAGCCAGUGUCCCUGUGAAGAAUGAAAACAAUCAUCCACAACCACCUCCCAUCAUCCCCAUGGUGGCACCACUGUGGAAAUGGGAUGGUGGAGCGUGUACUCCACCUGUGGAUUUCUAUUCCAAGAGAAGAGAUGUCCGACUUAGAUAUGUUGAGCAUCCUGCUAUGAUGUCCAUCACCAAGCCGGAACAUUCCGAUGCCAAACCUCAGUUCCAGACUGGCACCCGGCCGGUGGCUGAGCCCGAGACCCCUGCUGUUCACAAUAACAGUGGAGGCUGGCUCAGCUGGGUCUUUGGGAGUGGAAGAGCUAAUAAGAAGGAGGUUCAUCUACCUGAGGACAAAGACAGAUCUAUUGUCUGGGAUCCAACUCUGCACAGAUGGGUUAACAAAACUGAGCCCAAGGCUGAGAACAAGUGUGUACCACCCCCUCCACCGAUGGGGACAUAUGGAUAUCAGGGGAACACUGGCAGUGUCCCCAAAGGAGUGAAUCCUUACUCUAUGAAAGCAGCAGGUCUAUGGGGCAGCAGAUACCCUACAAUGCAUUUGAAUGAUGGGACCAACUCAAAGCCUCCAAGCCAUGGGCCUGGACUGCUUACUAGACAGCUCUCUGGCUUGCUCCCUCCUUCACACUUUGACCUCAUGGCACCAAUGGUUGUGCCACCUGACAUUCUACCCUACUGAGGUAUGACUCUGGAAAAUACUUCCAAAUUGUAUCCAUUCAUCAUUAACUGAGAUUUUACUUGAACAUAGCAAAUGGCUGAGAUAGCAAGAAUGUUAACUAUUUUUUGUGUUGUCCAACAGGCCAAUUAACCAGAGUGGAUUUGCCAAACAUAGAUUUUUUCAGUGUUAAAAAACUUCAGC